AUGAUUAGUUUGUACUGUGCCCUCAUUGGUGUGGCUGGGAGCGCGUUCUCUGUGGACAUUGACGCGAACAAGUCGGUGGGCCACUUGAAGAAGGCGAUCAAGGCGGAGAUCUCGGACGUCUUAACCCUGAAGAAUGUACCUGCGAACAAUCUCCAGCUCUUCCUGGCGAAGAAAGGCGACACAUGGCUAGAGUUGGCUAGCGAAGAAGUGUUUGAAAUGCAAAAAGGAGGCAUCCCUGUUGGAGUGCUUGAAAUACUGCGCGAACAGAUCAACCCAACAGAACUAGCUGUUGAAUUGUUCGGAGGUGCUCCGACGACGAAGGUUAUUCACAUAUUGGUGAAGUUACCGACAAGUACCGUCAUUACGGUUGGUGGAGAUGAAGACGCAGACUCUUUACUCGAGCUAAAGCGUUACCAAAGACGAGGCGUGCAGAUCCAGAGGAACUGUAGUGAAUACUGUGAGAGGAUUUUGGACAAAAUCGACAGUAUCUCCCAUCGUAACGGCGUACUUCCAUUUAUUUGCGUGGUAGCUUCGUCGGGCAUGGGGAAGUCCCAGCUAGCGUUUGCCUUAGGUGGUCGCGGACCUUGGUUCUACUGGCCUGCCACGUCCAUCGGAGUGGACUCCCAGCCCAUUUAUAAAAAUUUUGUUUCGAUUGCGGAAGCGUUCGAUAAAGUCACGAAGAAGGACGAGCUAAAGAAAAAGAGUGAAGUGGAUAUUCUGAACUGCAUAUCGGCGGUCUAUUCUCACGAAAAGCUGUGGAUCUACGGAUUUAUUCUCACGUUGUUAGAAUAUUAUGACAAACUGGAACACGACAGCGACGCAGGAAUGAUCUACUUUGAGAAGAAAAUGUCGAUGGAAGUAGAAAAGUGCGACCGGAACGCAGUUCUUGCCUUUCGAGAUAAGCUGAAACGUGAUGGCAAGGCGGUGCCUUUCUUCGUGUUGGACGAAUUGACGGCCAGUAAAUGUCAGGACGAAGAAGCCGAAAAAUACGCCGCAUUUCAGCGAAAUGUUUUCCGUGCGUGUGGUUUGGUUGUGCUUGUGAUGGGAACUGAUGCGAAGAUCGCCAAGUUGACUCAUCAGUCGGGAGGAAGCUCCGGGGAUCCGCACAUGUGGAUGACAGUCUUUUCUCGUUUUCCUCCAUAUCAACCAAUUAGGUUUGAGGAUGAAGCGAAGCAAGAUGCUUGGGACCGUAUCCGAGCUCAUUAUCCAGUCUUGAUGACCAUCGUCGAGCAUUCACGUGGGCGUUUCGUCCGACACUUCGUCGACCGCGCGGCGGUGUACGCGAUGGAAAAGUCCCACACUUUCGAUCUGCGUGAUUUGCUGGAUGACGCGUUUUGUUAUGUGCGUACAAGGGUAGAAGAGACGAAGCGUUUUAUGAGUAAGCCGGAAGGAAGAAAUGCGCAGAUGAUGGCGAUGUCAAAUGUUGAUGCUGUUGAAACAUCGGAACCCGAGACGAAAAGAAGGAGGAUUGCAUCUGGGAUCCAAAGUAUGCACUCGCACUUCGCGAAUCUGGCGGAUUCUCAGCAUACCGAUGUUUAUGUAUCUCAAGGUGAGUUGACCGUUAACAGUAAGGAAUGGCUCCCGCUGUGCAGUUUUCCGACGAUUAGGGAGGACGUGCUGCUCUACCUCGCUGUAUUGGGCGGAAAAACUUACUCGGGGUACUACAACGAAUCAGUGUGGAGAGUGUUUUCGUUGUGGAAAAAAAGACACGGGUUCACUAUGGGAGAAACCACCAAAGCUGUGAGUCAGAACUACAAAUACUACGAGAAUAUGGUCGCUCAUAUGAUUUUCUGUGCAUCGCGAAGAAAUGGAGUACGAGGUAUCCUUUUUCAGGACUUUUUUCCUUGGUUGCUGGGAGAAUUUCGAGAGCAGGUCACAGUUCCGACAAAGCUGGUGAUGGGCCCAAGAGAAAUGGCAUUCAGCGAAUUAUUGGAUGGAUAUCAUGAACUAGCUGAGUUACCUGGCAAGACAGUGCCGUUCUUGGCUCCGCCGAAUGCUGAGUGGCCGCCGUAUAUUUUAGGAGCUGGUUGCGGGUGCUUUGGUCAUUUGGAUCGUCUCGAAAACGAAGGUAGGAGUAAUAUUUCCGUGCGGGAGAACGUCUCGCCUUACGCGCCACUCUUGAUUUGUGAAUUCAAACAUUGGUUUGAGAACAUCGAUGCUCGCAUGGUUGAGGGUAUCAUUGAUGGACUGGAGACUACUCAGAAAGACAAGUGGAAGAUUGUAUUUGUGUUUUGUGAUGGAGUGGCGAACUUCCGUACACAAAGCUGGUCGCAUGCAAGUGUUGGCUGCGUCAGGAUCGCGUGCCGGAGUGGCCAUGUCGAGUGGUUUUUCCAACCGGUUAAAGGAGAGCGAAAAAAAAUAGUUGUCGUGAUGGUCACGGGGCGUGUGGAUUUGAAACGCGGUCGCAGCAGAGCAAAUUAA